AGACAAUCUGCGUGUGCAACGGGGCGUUUUGUCUGUCACAAAUUCAAAUUGUAGAUUUAAAAAACCAUAAACUUUUUCUACCCAAACGAAACGUGUAAUUAUUUUUGAAAAUUGCAAAGAAUGUCCAAUAAUCAUCGAUUUUGAUAUGUCUAUACUAACCUCAAUUCCAUCCACUCAUUCAACUCCCUUUUGAUGAUGAAUCAUCCUCUACUGGGUCAAUUCACCUAAUCGAUUAAUCCCCCCGGCGAAAUGGGAAUAAUCCAGGCGGCUAGUAAACCCCUGAAGCCCCCCUGCAUUCCCUGUCCUGAGGGUUACGUGCCGGGGAAUCCAGGAACUUUCGAGGAACUUCACAAGAAAGUCAAGGACCUUUACCCUCCUAUAUUCGAGGGCGCUAAAUUACGAGUAAAGAGAUAUUACAACGACGAGUUCUACAUGAUCCACUCCCUGACUCUCAGCUCGAUGACUCCCUCGGGCUACAAAUUCGGCACGUGUUACACUGGAUCGAAACGAGUGGGGCGAGUGGAGCGAUAUCCCGUCAUCAUGGGGAAGCUCAUGCCCAGUGGAAACCUGGCGACGACAAUUGCUCAUACAUUUGGCUGUCGACUGAGGGUGAAACACGUUAAUCAAAUAGGCAACCGAAAAUUCGAGGCGUCCAGCUCCACUGUCGAGUACAGGUCGGACGAGGCAACGUUCUCAGUCACCCUGGACAACCCUGACUUCGCCAAGUGCACUGGUACCCUUGUCAUUCAUUAUCUCCAAGCCCUCUCCAACAGGCUGACAGCAGGAACUGAAUUGGCGUUUCACAGAAGUCAGUUAAUACCUGGGGGACAGGAUUCCCUUAUUGCACUGGCUCUCAGGUACAGCACAGGGGCUCAAACAUUCUCAGCAACUGUUGGAAAUGCUGGAUUACACAUCUGCUAUCAUCAUAAGGCUAGUCAACAGCUGCAGCUUGGGGUAGAGUUGGAAACGAAAUUGUCUAAUCAUGACUCAAGUGCUGGGAUUUUUUAUCAACUUGAUGUCCCUCAUGCGGAUAUGGUCUUCAGGGGAAUGGUUAACACCAAGUUGACAGUUGGGGGAGUUCUGGAGAAGAAACUUUAUCCCGUUCCUGACUCCUCGUUGAUACUCAGUGUUACGUUGAAUCAUGGGACUCAAAAUUUUCAAGUGGGAAUUGGUCUCAAUGUCGGAUGAUAAUUUAUUUUAUUUUGAGUAUGUAUAUUUACUGUGAUACCAGGAUUUUUUAUAUUAAAAAACCGGUAGAUUUUUCUGUAUUAAAAUUUGUGGGGGAGCAUGGAUUUUUUUUCAGCUUUUUCUAAGGAAAUUCAGGAAUUUAUGAAAGAAUCUGAUUUUAUUUUGAUAAAGUCGUUUUGAAUGUCCAGUGAUAAUUUAUUAUUUUAUUUUCAAGUAUGUACAUUUUCAGUGAUACAAGACUUUUUUGUAUAUAAAAAGAGUUAACGUAGAUUUUUAUGUCCUGAAUUUCGUGGAGCACAAUGAAAAUCCUGUAUUGAGUACAAACUGCAGAAAUUUUGUAUCGCUUUAUGAAAAA